CUCCCUCCCUCUCUCGGUUCCCUCCCCCCGUCCCUCCCCGCUCCCGGGUAGCGGCAGCUGCGGGCCGGGGCGCGGAGAAGCCCCAGGGCGGCGGCGGGGCCGAGCGAGCCGGGCUGCCCCUGCCCCGCGGCCGGGGACCAUGGGAUGCUGCACCGGGCGCUGCACCCUCAUCUUCCUCUGCACUUUGCAGCUGCUUGCUGCACUAGAGAGGCAAGUGUUUGAUUUCCUGGGAUACCAGUGGGCUCCCAUCCUAGCCAACUUCCUCCACAUCAUCAUCGUUAUCCUGGGCCUGUUUGGCACCAUUCAGUACAGACCUCGCUACAUAGUGGUGUAUGCCAUCUGGACUGCAAUUUGGGUCACCUGGAACAUCUUCAUCAUCUGCUUUUACUUAGAAGUGGGAGGGCUUUCAAAGGACAGUGAACUCUUGACAUUCAACAUCUCCCGGCACCAGUCAUGGUGGAGUGAAAAUGGUCCUGGCUGUGUAAGGAAGGAGGCUUCAAUGUCUGGUAUCAAAGGGCUGGACAGCCACUCCUACAUCUCUGUGAUCGGCUGUGCCCUGGAGUAUCGCUACAUCGAGGUCAUGCACAGCUCCUUCCAGAUCCUGAUUGCGCUGGUGGGCUUUGUCUACGCCUGUUACGUUGUUAGUGUUUUUACAGAAGAAGAAGACAGCUUUGAUUUCAUUGGUGGAUUUGAUCCAUUUCCUCUCUACCAUGUCAAUGAAAAGCCCACCAACCUUUUGUUCAAGCAGACAUACCUGUAGACUUUUUUUCCAAACAAACAAUUUGCUGAAUAUCACCAUGAAUUUGCAAACUGUUUUGAUCAACCUGAAGCUGCAUGUUUGAGAGGCCUGCAUAAGUAAAGAAGAGCCAGAGGAUGGAUGAACCUUGCACUCCACCAUCAAAGGUGCUGCAGGAAGCAAUCCCCUGUGGCCUGGAUCUUUGGCAGAGGAAAAGCAGGAUGGUGAACUCCAUUCCAUUUUUUGUUCCUUGUCACCUUUUCAAACGCCAUGAAUGUACGUUGAAGAAUGGCCACGUGGUUGGUUUGAAACUCUCCAAGUGCCCUGAUGAACCAUUCCUACCAUAGUCUGGUGGUACUCACCAAUAAAUGGCACAGGCCUGAAGACCUCAGGCAAAAACAAGUUCACCGAAAGCCUCUCUCAAGAGACACACUUGAAGUCUGAGCUGCUUCCUUGUGCCACGGAUCCAAGAAGGAGGAAGCACUGUGUAACACCCUGGGACAUGUUCUAUAGUUAGUUUCUUCCCCUUCUCCUUUCCUGCAUUGUGAAAAGGAGCCUAAAUCCCUUAACACAACUUCAUCUCCUCCCUGCCUGUAUUAAACUACAUGGGGGUAUUUACAUUUGAGUUACUUAAGCUUUUUUUUUGUUAAGUUAUAGAUGAGAGCUCUUCCCUUCUUCCCCCACUGCCUAUCCAGGACUCCCUUCCUCAUUCUCUCUUCUUUAGACAUGAUCAGGGCCUUAGCAGUAGGCAUUUGUCCUGGAUUUCAGUGUUCUGUGACCUAACUCCUGUAAUGCUGAACAGCUAAAAACUAGCACCAAGUCUUUACUCAGCAUGGAGCUUAGCCCCAUUUCAACAUGCCGAGCCCUUCUCAGAGCAGCUGACGCUUGCUCUGGGUUUGCCCAUCUACAUUAAAUUAACACUGGUGUAGCCAUAUACACAACUGAAGCCUGCUGCAGGACACUGGAAAAGGCCCAGUUCUUCAUGGAUCUGAUUGUUUUUGUACCUGCCUUCUUCACAAAGACAAUGUGCUUAUUCCAGGCACAAGCCUAGCAACAGCCUCAUGGAAAAGGUCUUUUUGUGACAGGAUAACUUUGCGGGGAGGGAAUGGGCUGAAGGGAAGUGGGAAUGUAAGUGGAAUUGAGUUGCAUUAAUGAGCUGCAGCAAUUAAUUAAAAAACAGACAAAAAACAAUGUCAGUUUUGUUAGUUAUGUCUCCCAGCAUGUUAUGUGUCAAGCAGAGAAAGAUGACUUGUCAGCCAUCCGUGGCUGGUACGUUCCAAGUCGAAUUCUUUAUUGUCUUGCCUAAUCUGUUUAAGAUGACUUGCUAUUUUUGAGUAAUGCUUUGCAGAGGAGUCAAGCCAAGAGCCAUGCAAAGGAGAGGAAGCAUGAGGGAAGGAUUGAAAGAAAACCAUUAAGUGCUAAGCUAAAGACAGAAUGAUGCACCUCAAUCUCAUCUCAGAGGGCACGGGAAGCAAAAUCCUCUGUAAACCCAAAAUAUAAGCACUAAGAGAACACUUUUUGUUUCUGUGUAACUCCCAUUCCAGACACCCCCUGCAGCCUAACAUCCC